AUGACUUCUCAAGGCCACCUUACAUCUUCCUUAGAGGAAGUGGGCUCGGUCUUUGUAAAUUACUUCCAACAACAGCUUGGUAUUCCAACUCCUGUUCUUCCCCUUGAUAGUGUAGUGAUUCAAAGUGGUCUAUGUCUCUCCUCUGACUCCCAAGCUCUUCUACUUGCUUCGGUUAGCCCUGAGGAAAUUCAGAAAGCGGUCUUCAGCAUAGGGGAUGAUAAAGCACCAGGUCCUGAUGGCUAUUCCUCACUUUUCUUCAAGCAAGCAUGGCAUAUUAUUAGCGAGGAUUUCUGUUCAACUGUCCAAGAUUUUUUCCAUUCUGGAAAGCUCCUCAAGCAAAUUAAUCAUUCCAUUAUUGCUUUGGUUCCUAAAUCAAGCAAUGUAACUUCUCCAUCUGAUUUCAGGCCAAUAUCUUGCUGUAAUGUGAUAUAUAAGGUGAUUGCAAAGAUCCUUGCUGCUAGGCUCGCUCAUGCUCUAAUGGAUAUCAUCAGCCCCUAUCAAAACGCUUUCUUGGGUGGGAGGUUCAUGAGUGAUAACAUUAAUCUUGUUCAGGAACUUCUCAGGGUCAAAGUGGCGUCAGACAAGGCGAACCUCUCUCUCCCUAUCUUUUUCUAUGCUACAUGGAAUGAUAUCCUCUUGCUAUCUCGAGGUGAUCUUCCUUCAAUCCGAUGUCUUCUUCAUCAACUCACUCUUUUUGGACAGAUCUCCGGGCUGGUGAUCAAUCCUCAAAAAUCAUCCAUUUAUUUUGGGGGAGUUAGCAAUGCACAAAGAAUAAUCCUUCUCUCAGAAACAGGAUUUAGGGAAAGGUUUUUUCCUUUCACAUACCUUGGGGUUCCCUUAAGUCCCCAUCGGCUAUUAGCAAGCCAAUUUUCCCCUUUAUUACAAGAUUUGGAACUAGUAAUUCAGGGCUGGAUUGGAAAGAACCUCACGUAUGCUGGUCGUCUAGAACUUCUCCGAUCUGUGCUUUAUGGAAAAGUUCACUUCUGGUUGAAUAUAUUCCCCAUGCCAGAAAUAGUUAUUCAUAGCAUAAUCAGCACUUGCAGGAAUUUUCUAUGGACCGGAGAUGCCCGGCGACAUCACUCUGCUUUGGUUUCCUGGAAAACUUUAUGCCUGCGUAAAACUGAAGGAGGGCUUGGUCUCUUUGAUCUUAAAGCUUGUAACAGAAGUUUUCUUACUAAACAACUUUGGAAUAUUCAUCUUAAAAUAGAUUCAACCUGGAUUCGGUGGGUGCACCACUUCUACUUAAACAGGGACACCAUUUGGCAUGCUCAAGCUCACCAGCACUCAUCUCCUCUAUGGAAAGCUAUCAUCUCUAUACGGGAUAACCUUGUUCAACAUUGUGAAUAUCCAGGUGAGAGUAUUCAGUUGCUGCGUAGCUGGUCAUCCAGUAAAGGGACUUUCGUAGCUCAUGCAUAUCAAUUUUUUCGGCCAUCUGGACCAACUAUUCCUUGGCAUCGGGUAGUUUGGGAGCACUGGUCAUUGGCCAAAUACAGUUUCAUCCUUUGGCUAGCUGUCCUAGGCAAGCUCCGCACUUGUGAUAGACUUCAAUUCCUUCAUGUUGAUCCUACUUGUGCUUUCUGUAGCUAG